AUGUCAAUAAGAACGAUUGAUCAUGAGCAUGAACGACUUGUUACAAUGGUAAAUCAACUUAUGGAUGAACGUGAAAUAUUACAUCGUGAAAAUGAAUAUUUAAAAGCUAAAUUAAAUCAAUCAAUACUGAUGGAAACAAUUCAUGAAAUGAAAAGAGAACGUAGUUUAUUAUUAAAAUUACUAUCCAAUUUAACAAUAAAAAUUAAUCAAGAUGAACAGUUGCAAGGUGUAAAACCUCGUAUGAAAGAAAAUAAUGCUAAUAUCCUUGCAUCACCUGUAUAUCCAAAACUCAAUACUAAACCAGUUCAUUGUAAUAAUUCAUUAGCUGAACAGAAUUUAACAUUUCCACGUCAUAAUCCACCUAUAAAAACUAAUAAUAAUCGUGCGUAUAGAUUAAAAGCUAAUUUUGAACAUAAACAAAAACAAAAUCAAUCACCAGCAGUUAUUUAUCGCAUGGAGAAUAUAAAAGAAAAUUCAAUGAAUAAUUCAGAUAGAUCAUCAUCGUCGUCAUCAUCGAGUGCUCAUACGAAAACUUCUCAAUCAAGUAGAAAAUUUUUUGUCUCCAAAACAUCAGUAAUGCCACAAAUACAAGAAUCUAAUAGAUUAAUUCGAAAACAGAACAUUCAAUUACAACAUAGUCAAAAUUCUCCAUUUCAACAUUAUCGUUCACAAUCAUUACAAGAUUUAACAUAA